AUGUCAACUCAUUCACUCUAUACUCUAAUCACACUUUAUCUCUCUUUUGUACCACUCAUCUCUUUCUAUCUUGGUUUGUUUCUACACCUCUUUCACCGAUUUCAUCUCCUAUUGUUGCUCAACAUUCACGAAAUUGGAAAACCCUUUGAAAUGUUCAACGGCAUCACCGAUUGCACGGAGUUAUGGAAGCUUGCUGUCAAAAUACAUCACAAAUGGAAGGUAACCACCACAAUGAAGGAGCAUUUUGAGAUGGUUGUUGUAGACAAACAAGGUCAUGACAUUCAUGUUGUUGUUCCAACAAUCUUUAGACAAGCAUUUGACUCUGGUUUAUCUGUUAAUAUGACCUGCACGAUGUCGAACUUCCAAGUUCAACCAAAUCACUUGAUUUUCAAACCCACGCCCCACAAAUAUUUAUUGAAGUUCACUGGUGGGACAAGAAUUGGAGAUAUUGGUAAAUAUGACAUCCCCGAUAAGGUGAUUAACCUUACCCCUUUUGCGGACAUCAUCUCGGGAAAAUGGCCGAAGAAUCUCCUAAUAAAUGUUAUAGGUGUGAUCGACGAAAUUGGAUACUCCCAACCCCAAUUUGGAGGAAAGAAACCUCAAGUCAACUUGGUAUUGAGAGAUUUAUGUGACAACGCAUUGCAUUGUACUCUAUGGAAGGCUAUGCUGUGGAGUUCUUUGACUACAAUCAAAAACAAUUUUAUUCGUCAACAUCAACUGUUAUUCUCAUGA